CAAAGCUGGUAGAACUAGGAACCCCGCGCCUGCCACCUAAUACCUAACAUUAAGCUGACUAGCAGUAGGCAGGCGCUGUGCGUGCACCACUUUAACAAUUGACGCGACUUUUUAGGCCCCGACGCGUUUUGCUAAAUUGAUUCUGUUCUUCCCUAGCAUGAUACAAGAUACAACCUGCAAAACCUUUGCACUCAACACCAAGUCAAUUUAGCUCUACUGCCUUGGAAGAACCAAUUUAGCAAGAGCAGGCGCAUUCACAUAUUCACCAUGUCCGUCACGGCAGCACAACAGUCUAUCACUCGAGGAGCCUUAGAGGCCAUCUUUACCGAUCCCGACAAUGUUGACCAACGAUACCCCGUUCCUAUCCUACAAUGUCUACAGAUCAAGGCUCUUGCUCCCCAAGCAGGUCCUGGUGGACAACAGCCUGAGCGGUACCGUAUAGUCUUGAGUGAUAUACACAACUAUGUCCAAUGCAUGUUGGCGACUCAGGCCAACCAUGUCAUUCACGAUAACUCUCUUGUUCGGGGCGCUCUAGUCCGCAUCAAAUCAUACCAGGCAAAUUCGGUCAAGGGAAAGAACAUCUUAAUCAUUCUCGAUCUUCAAGUUGCUACAGAACUCGGCGUUCACGAUCGGAUUGGCGACCCUCAGGCCUUCGAAGCUAAGCCGCAGGAGCCCGCAACUGCCGCCAUUGGUGGUUCUAAUUUCUAUGGUGUCAAGCCUGAGCCUUCGGCACCAGUCAAGUCAGAACCGAUGUCGUCGCGUAUGGGCGGUGGUGGAGGCGGAGGUGGAGGUGCCUCGUACAGCCAUGGGAAUAAUGUCGUCAGUCCAAUCGAGUCGCUUUCUCCUUAUGCACAUAAGUGGACCAUCAAAGCACGAGUAUCGCAAAAGUCCGACAUCAAGACAUGGCAUAAGGCAUCUGGAGAGGGAAAACUGUUCUCCGUCAAUCUCCUGGAUGAAAGUGGCGAGAUCAAGGCUACUGGAUUCAAUGAUCAAUGUGAUCAAUUUUACGACUUAUUACAAGAGGGCCAAGUCUACUAUAUUAGCAGUCCUGCUCGAGUUGCUUUGGCCAAGAAACAGUUCUCCAACCUUUCCAAUGACUAUGAGCUCACUCUCGACCGGGACACAGCUAUUGAGAAGGCAGAGGAUCAAUCUAGUGUGCCCCAAGUCCGCUUCAACUUUGUCACUAUCCAGGAGCUCCAGUCUGUAGAAAAGGAUGCUACAAUCGACGUGGUUGGUGUGCUGAAGGAUGUUGGUGACGUAUCUCAGAUUACUUCGAAGACUACCAACAAACCCUAUGAUAAGCGUGAACUGACACUUGUCGACAACACGCAAUUUUCUGUCCGUGUCACAAUAUGGGGUAAGACAGCCACUGCAUUCGCCGCCCAGCCAGAGUCUAUUGUUGCAUUCAAGGGUGUCAAGGUGUCAGACUUCGAUGGGCGAUCACUUUCCCUGCUUUCAUCCGGCACGAUGACUGUCGAUCCUGACAUUGAAGAGGCUCAUCGCUUAAAGGGCUGGUAUGACUCGCAAGGUCGUACCGACAACUUCGCUUCCCACCGUGGCAACAUGGAAUCACUGGGCGCUGCAACGGGCCGUACCGACCAGACCAAGUGUAUCUCCCAAAUCAAGGACGAAGGUCUUGGGAUGGAAAAUGUCGACUGGUUCACCCUGAAAGCAACCAUCGUCUACAUCAAGCAGGAGACCUUCGCAUACCCGGCGUGCAGCAAUGAUACCUGUAAUAAGAAGGUGAAUGAACAGGCCGACGGCACGUGGCGAUGCGAGAAGUGCGAAGUCUCGCAUCCGAAACCCAAUUACAGAUACAUCUUGAGCAUCAAUGUGAACGACCACACGGGCCAGCUAUGGCUCUCGUGCUUCGACGAUGUCGGCCGCAUCAUCCUGGGCAUGUCGGCUGACGAUCUUAUGGAGUUGAAGGCGAACGACGAUGAACGCGUUGAGUCCACGUUCCAGAAUGCUCAAUGCACGAAGCUGAGCUUUAGGUGCCGCGCCAAGAUGGACACGUAUGGCGAAAACCAACGAAUACGCUACUCAGUCCAGAAUGCUAGCCCGUUGGACUUCCGAGCCGAGGCUCUGAGGCUGUCCGACUUGAUCAAGCAAUUCAGCAUCAGCUCGUGAUCGCAGAGCCUUUUAUCUCAUCCUCAAAAUGCGGCGUAACGGUGUAUAUGUAUACCGGAUUGGCAUGGAAUGGGCGAUAAAGCUUGGAGGGCCGGCUGGAUAGCACCUAUGUCGGAUGGGGAAUAAGCUCUAAGGGGGAAGGCGGAACUUAGUAUUACCUACCACCUAAGUACAUAGGUACGACUUGAAGAGAGUCGAAGAGGCAGCUUCGAGUAUUUAAUGCUUAGUCUCGGUGUGGCAUACAUGCGAAUGCAAUGCGGUCAUGCUACCUACCUUUAGUUAAAAAUAUCACGAGAGAGACUUACUAUGGCCAGAGGGGCUAGAGAGAUUGAUGGCUGUGUGACACUUGAGGCUGUAUCCUACGCGGAAAGGUGCCAAUAGUUAAUGGUUACGAUAUGACACGCUCACGAGAGAUUUGGUACUUAGGUAGCAAUUUCU